CAUUAGAUGAUAUAGGUACAAUUAACAUAUUACCUUGUCUGAUAUCAAAAGAUUCUAAUGAGCUAGAUGAUAAAUUGAUAGAUAUUGAUCAAGUCUAUAGAUUUGAAAAAGUUGGGCAUAUGUUUUUGAAUAGAAAUAUUAAUCUUCAUGAUAAAUUAACUACACAAGAGAUGCAUGAUUCUUUUCAAGAAUUUGUAGUAUCUGGGGAGGUGGGAAAAGAAGAUGUGCCAAACAUGAAUACAAUUAAAAAUUGGAUAAAUAGCUAUUUGGCUGAGUUUAAGGAGCAAGUGAUACAAAAAAAAAAAAAAUUAGCCAAUAAGUAA